AACAGCAGUCCCACAACAGGAAACCGGACGGAGCCAGGGGAAGGAGUGAAUGGAUAGAUGCACAAAUAAAAAAAAGGGGAAAAAAAGAUCUUGACUCUGCAUGUAAGCAGAUUUCGUGCCCCAAUUUCUGUUUUGCCCUGCAGCACGAGCCAAGUUUGUGAAGCAGAUGGAGGAAACAAGCAGGAAAGUUUGACGUUUAUUCGACCUAGACUGAAAAAAAGGAGGGGGGGAAAGUGUCAAACACGAUACACUACUGCUUCAUUAUAGAAGAAAGAGAGAGAGAGAGAGAUCACUCGGAAACAUGCAGGGAAUUCCAACAACCGAUCUGGCAACCUCGCUCUUACAGUAUUCCUGUGGAUCAUUGGAUUUGUUGUUGGAAAAGAAAACCUCACCUCUUUCCAGAUCAUGUCACAAGCACGUCGUUGUGAAGCCCUGCCACGAUCCCUCAGCCACGCAGAGAAAGCCAGCAUCACAGAGACCUCAAGUGCCCCCUAAACCCACACAUUUGCUGGCUUUGCGGGAGGACAAGCGACCACAGCGAAUCCCUCCAGCGCCUUGUCGCCCUCUUCCAGUACCUCCGCCCAAACCAAAAGCAUUCGCACCCAAGCAGCAGAAACAUCCUGCUAAGAGUGUCUGUCUCCUCAUUGAGAAGUUUGAAAACUCCAGGGCCCCGAUUCUGGGAGUCCAUCCCAAAAGUGGCUUCCGGUUGCACCUGAGGAUGGAGACUCCAGCACCUGAAAUCUCAGAACAGCCUCACUUUAAUGAUUCAGAGGUGAAGGACUCUGAGAACGCAUUCUUCGUGGAUGAAAUUGCAUUUAAAAAGGACCUGCCUGCUUUAGGCUUUUUACAAAAAGACUGUGUAAAAGACACGGGCAGUCAAGACAAACUUGACCAAGAAUGCCACAGUGGGGAUUUGGACAUAACUCAAGGUGAUUCUAACGACACCUACAACAAUGGAGACGCUGAUCAUAACAAUAUUCACACAGGACAUGAUGUUGGGAUUUUAAUAGGCGGCCCGUGUGCAGUUCAGGUUGACGACCUGCCGGAGGCAAACGGGAAGAUACCAAAUCGUGACAGCGGGAUAGACAGUCCAUCCUGUGGUGCCGAAGGAGAGGUUUUUCCAAACGAGGUUCCCAUCGAAGAGGAAGAAAGGAACGACAGCAUAGCCACAGAAACAGAGAGCGUGUCUUGUGUCACCACUAGCAAUAAGCGGGACUCGACACAGGACGAAGAUAGCGACUUAGAUGAAGGGAGCAGCGAAGAACCAGAGAGCCUAGAAGUGAAAGUGGUGCAGUCCGAGUCUCAGAAGCUGUUUAAUAUAGCACAAGAGCUCCUCCAUACAGAGGAAGCAUACGUCAAAAGACUUAACCUGCUAGAUCAGGUGUUCUGUACUAAGUUGACAGAGGCAGGGAUUCCUAUAGAUGUAAUUAAUGGAAUCUUCUCAAACAUCUCCUCCAUCUACCGCUUCCACUAUCAAUUCCUGCUGCCCGAGCUACAGAUGCGAAUUACUCAAGAAUGGAACACAAAUCCACGUAUAGGUGACAUCCUGCAGAAGUUAGCUCCCUUUAUGAAGAUGUACGGAGAAUACGUGAAAAACUUUGACCCUGCAAUGGACCUGGUCAACACAUGGACCCAGAAGUCAACCAAUUUUAAAAGCACGGUUCAGAAUAUCCAGAAGCAGGAUGUAUGUGGUAACUUGACAUUGCAGCAUCACAUGCUAGAGCCAGUGCAGCGUAUUCCUCGUUAUGAGCUCCUCCUCAAAGACUACCUGAAGAAACUGCCCAGUGAUGCACCAGAUAGGAAAGAUGCAGAGAAGGCUCUGGAUUUGAUCUCCACAGCAGCUAACCAUUCUAAUGCUGCUAUUAAGAAGAUGGAGAAGAUGAAUAAGCUGCUGGAGGUGUAUGAACGGUUGGGUGGGGAGGACGACAUCGUUAAUCCGGCUAAUGAACUUAUCAAAGAGGGUCAUAUAAAGAAGAUGUCUGCGAAAAAUGGCACAGCCCAAGACAGAUAUCUUUAUCUGUUCAAUAACAUGCUGCUGUAUUGUGUGCCUAAACUGCGCCUGAUGGGACAGAAGUUUAGUGUCAGGGAGAGAAUUGACAUCGCAGGCAUGGGGGUUCAGGACGUUGCAAAGCAGAACCUCGCCCACACCUUUACCAUUGUUGGCAAGAAGCGCUCUCUUGAGCUACAGGCCAGAAAUGCAGAAGAAAAGCAGGAGUGGAUCCAAGUCAUUUUGGCCACAGUAGAUAAACAGAAACAGAAAAGCGAGACAUUUAAUAAAGCCUUCAGCAGCUCCUUAUCCCGUGAUGAAGAACACACACCUGACUCACCGAAUCCAUGGAGUAAUGCAUCUGUGGAUUCAGAUGGAGGUGCGAAUGAAAGGAAAGGUUCAAAGAAGCGAGAAAAGGAGAAGGAGACUUGUAAAGGCUGCAAUGAGACAUUUCACUUCACGAAACGCAAGCACCACUGCAAGAACUGUGGCGCGGCCAUCUGUGGUAAAUGCUCAAAGGUGUCCGAGACCAAGAACAUCCGCACAUGUAAGCAGUGUUUCGAAGUCCUGCAAGGGCUUGAUGGCACACCAGGGGGCAGUGUUGAGCAGAAGAAGAAAGCAGCAGUCGAGAAGCAGCUCUCUUUGACAGAAGAUAGUUGUGUACUAUGCAGCCAGCUCCUGGUUCAAGAGAAAGGAAAGAGCUGGACCAAGACCUGGGUGGCCAUUCCAAGAGCAGAACCAUUAAUGCUUUACCUACAGACUGUUAGCCAGGAUGUGCGCGGGACUCGGACGAUCUCUCUGCCUGGUUCUGAGGUCACCACGUUGUUAACACCCACUGAGAAGUCGGAAAGCAAGCAUGUUUUCAAGCUCAGCAACUCCCAGCAUGCACUUCUCUUCAGUGCCGUGGAUGUAGAAUUAAUGGACAAGUGGGUGGAGCUUCUGUCCCAGGCUACAAAGAGAGUGGCUCUAGAAACAUCACUAAGCCUGGCAGAGCACCGCAAGAGCCAAUGAAAACAGGCAUUGAAGCAACAGAACUCUGUCUUCUUGAACUUGUUACUUGAAUUCACAUUAUCCUCAGCACUUUUCCUUUAUUUUUAUUAGUUCUUCUUCACACUUUACUUUCUUUUUUCCCACAAAAGCACAAUGCAUUUGUAUACAUACAUCCAUUGUUCCAACCCAUCAGUCACCGGUGUGUUGAUGGUUCUUAAAUGCACCGCCCCCUUUUAUUUUUCACAAGUCCCUGGUUGUUAUAGAUUGUUUUUUUUUAUUAAAUAUUUCAAGAUGAAUGUUUCUGAUAGGCGAUUGUUCAAUGUUCUUGUUUAGCAUUAACUCACUUUCACUUUUGCUCCAGACACCAUUUUUUACAUUUUCAUCACUAUGUGAUUUUAUUUUAUUUUUUUAAUAACCCUUUGCCCUCUGCCUGCAUACCAUGUUGAGGUUUUGUAGAUUUUUUUUUUCCAGGUUUAUGAAAGAGAAACCUUCAUUUAAAGUAAGACAAACAAAGGUGGCGGGCCACUGAUUUUAUUCUGCUGUAAUAUCAUUUCAUCAUUAGUCUCUUUUGCUCAGCUCAUGCAUUUCUAUUGCAAUUCAUUGUAAUUCUACAUGGCCCUUUAGAAUAAUCUAGCAAACCUUCACCCCUCAGUAUGUCUCAUGUAUUUAUUCUGUAUUGUAAGUAUUGUAAGAGUUAGCUACCAGCCUGUAAGUAAAACAAACGACUCUUGAUAGUGUCACAUGCUUGACAUAUUUAUAAUUAUGCUUUAAAAAAACAAAAAAAAACAACUCAAGCUUUUCUGCCUUCUGAAUAUGAAUUUUAACCUACAGAACAAGGAUCAUUUGCCUACAUUUUUAAACCAGAAGUGUUCACAAAAUGAAUUGUGUGUACCAUAAUCAUCAGAAUAAAAUAACAUCCAGCUUC